GCAUUCUAAAGUUGCAACCAUGUGGCGUCUUGUGCUUCUCCUUUCGAUCCUGCAGUCAGCGUACACCAGUCCAAUCACACCCUGCGAGAAGCUUCAUACCGUGAUGGUUCUGGAGAUCACUGCAUUCACCAAGAAGGCCCUAAACGAGGGCGUUGAGUUGCUGCAGCGUGUUAUCGAUAAUGCGGAGCUGUUGGAAUUAAGUGAUAUCGAUCAAAUUACGUUGGCACAGUUUGCAGAGUUUAUAGAAAGUAGAAGACAUGCCGUUGAUUCUGAAGAAUUGGAGGAUUUGCUAGAAGAGCUAGUGGAGCUUCUCGAUAUGGAGGAUGUUAGCCAGGAACUGGAUGAAUGUGAGAAUCCUGUUGCCAAGCUAUUGCGUCAAUAUGGCUUCGACACGUUUGAGAAAAAUCUGGAGAAGCAGCUGCGUACCUUUAUCGAACGAACUGAAUACCAUGUCGAGGCCUAUCUAAAAAGACAAAACGCCAAGGACUCGGAGUUGCCAACAUGGUUUACUGAAUUCCAAAACGAAAACGAUAUUGAGAGCAAAUAUUUAAUGUUUCUGGAGGUUUUGGAACAUAUAGAGUGUUAGGCUAGCUUUACGUUCUAUCUAUCUCUGUAAUUUGUAUUACACACACAGAAGUAUUUAAUAUGUACUUUAAAGCUUAUAAAAAAGGUCUCUAUUUUG